GUUCGCCUGCCUUCUGGAAACUCUCUGCGCUUGGGUUUCUCAGCUGACUCACCUCUGCGAUCUGUCUGUGAGAGGCUUGACUCUCUGCACCCAUCCUUUGCUCCUUGUUGCCUUCUGCAAACGUUCCCCACCCGACACUUCUCUGCAGAAGACCUGACUCGCAGCUUGAGGGACCUAGGUCUCACUCCCAAUGCAACCCUUUGUGUACGCACAAGCGAGACCUUCAGCCCUCCACAGGUGCUUCAUUCUUGUCCAGACCCACCAUUAUCUCCACGGGAGCCCCCAGACUUUGCUCAUAGUGCUGAGGAUCUAAUGGCAGAAGGUGGAAGGGUGUUGCCGAUUCUGAGGUCCCCUGCUCACUCUGUGUCUCACAAUUUUCGAUUAAGAGAGGUACAACACUCCUCACCUACUCACAGCUGGGGUCGAGGGCAGAGGCUGAUGAUCCAAGAGGAUGAAGGAGUUGAAGACAUUCAGGAAGAUGCUGAAGGGUCCCCCCUUGUUCCAAGGCUCCCCAGCUCUGUGUCCCAUUUGUGGCCUACUGAUGGCGUCAGACUCCGACCAGUGGAUGAAGAUGGUGAAGCUUUGUCUCCCUCGUCUCCUCAUGUCAUGGCCAGAGCAGCAGCUGAGCUGCGGCAGGAGAUAGGUGAAAGGGCGCCAGUGGUCAGCAAGGUGCUCCGAGUCUCAGCUGUCCCAACCCUGCGUCACCUGGCCCUGCAGGGAGCACUGAUGCUCAUCGCAGCCCCGUGUAUGCAGUAUCCACGCUCACUGUCCGGUCUUACUCCAGAAGUGGCUGAGAUAAUAAUUACCCACAUGACCAAAGAACAGACCCUGCGCCCUCGGACACUGGAGCUCUUUUCAGGGUGUCCGAUCCGCAAGAUCACCCUCAACUGCUACCAGUACACAACCAAUGAGCUUAUUAAGCACCUGCGUGGCUUUCCCAGCCUAAAGAGCCUCAGCCUCACCUCCUGCACACUGCUAACAGAUCAGGGCGUGAGUGUUGUACAGCACUUGCACAAACUGCAAUACCUGAACCUUAGCUCCUGUGUGAAACUCACUGACCUCUGUCUGCAGCACAUCUCAGGCCUUGAGCACCUGACCCAUCUCAUUCUGCAUCAGACCAAAGUGAGCGAUGAUGGGAUGUGUGAUUUCUUACGCAAUGCUCGCUGUUCACUCACUCACCUGAAUCUGAGUCAGACAGCUGUGACUGAGCACACCCUCUGCCUUCUGCACAAACAUGCUCCAAAUCUAAAGGUCUUGAGUAUUAAACAUAACCAGAUCACGGAUGUCUCUUCCCUGUGUGGACUGCAAUGUCUGAACUCUCUACAUUUAGACAGCACUAGACUUACAGAGGAGUCUCUCGUAGCUGUCACUUCCCUGUCUACACUGUCAGUACUCACACUAUCAGGGGUCCAGUCUCUGAAUUCAGAUCAUGUGCUGAGGCUUCUGUCAGGCAUGUCUCUGAAACGUCUGCUUCUCCCGGGACGGCACACACUCUCAGAUUCAGGACUAGCAUUGAUUUGUGGUCUGAACUGUCUUUUGGAAUUGGAUCUAACCGAUCACACACAGAUUACUGACCACGGGGUGCGGUUUAUCUCCGAGCUAACAAGGCUGUGCACACUCUCCUUGUGUAACACAUCUGUAUCAGAUUCUGGGCUGUACCAUCUGCGGGGUUUGCGUUUCCUUGAGGAGCUGAGUUUGGACCGUACCAAGGUUACGAGCAGAGGUGUGUCCCAGUGUAUCCGCUGCCUCCCGCACUUGCAGGUGCUUGGUCUUUCUGAUACUUUGGUUGGCGAUAACGUUCUGAAGCUCGGUAUCCGACAUUGCCCAAGUCUACAGAAGGUUAACCUGAGUCGGACACGGGUCACAAAUAAAGGUUUACGGUUCCUGAGCACGGUCUCUGUUGUGCAGCUGAAUCUGGAUGCGUCGGGGGUCACUGCCCAGGGUGUGUCAGACCUUCUGUCAUCUUGUACUUCUCUCACCAGUGUAAGGGCAACCAACCUGCGAGUGAUCCCUAGUGAAGAGGUGUCUGAUGAAGAGGAGUUGCCACGCUGAGUCAAUCGCACUCUAACUUACUGCACGUUGUGUCAAUCCCUCAGGCUAAGGAAUAGCAGCCGUUUUUACUUAUUUCUAUAAACUGAACUGACACAGCUUAUAUUCAGCAUCUUGCUUUUUGUAUCCGAGGGACAAAACAUUUAGUGUUUACAGGGAAUGAGUUUUCUAAGUACAUUGUUACCAAAGAGAUAAAAAAUCCCAACAAGGUCUAUAGGCUGAUAAUGUGCAAAAAUACCCAAUAAAAUGAGAGCAAAGCAAA